UACAUAUAUUUAGAAAGUUAUAAUUUUAAUUUUUGAAAAUUUAUUGAAAUUGUUUUUAUUAUAAAAUUUUAUAAUAUUAAUUAAAAUAUUAUAGAUAUAUAUUUAUAUUUUCAUAAUUUAAUUUUUAAAUUUUUUAUUAAAUAUUUUUACUUUUGUAUAUAUAUUGUUUUAAAAAAAAAGAAUUUUUUUUACCCUCCUGCAACCGCCCGCAAUCGCAAACGCUAGCUGGAGCCAGCUUUUGAAUUUAUGAGAUUCAGAGCGGUUUGAAGCGGUUUAGAACGAUUUGAGUGAUUGUUGCAAACCGCCGACAACCGCUACGUACCGCAAAAGCUGCGUUUGCGGAUGGUAGCGAGAAAACCAGUCGUCCCCUAAGAAGCGUUUUUGAACUUUAAUAGUCAUUUUCGAAUUUCGUCAAAAGGCUAUCCUAAACACUAUUUUUUUCUUUUAGAAAAAUGAGAUCGUGAACCUUUCAAUGAAUGUCACUUAAAAUCAUUUUCUAAAGAUGAUUCGUCUUUUUAACAAAAAGUUUGAUGAAAAACUAAAGAGUGUUCUCAGAACUGUUUCAGAUGAUUUAAAAACGUUUAUAUUAGAAAUAUUGUUCCCAAUAUUAAAUCUGAUUCAACUGAUAAGCAGGAAGCGGAUUUAUUGAGUUAAGUAUGUUAGGACGCGAGAAUCCAAAUUGAAAAUUACGAAACAAUAUGUGAUGAUAACGAUAAUAUAAAAUGGUAAAAACAUUUUAAAACCAAUAUGAAAAGGACAAAUACGUGGAGUCGUGAUUUGAUCACUUUCCUUAACUCAAUAAAUCGCCCGUAGGUGAGACGGUUUCUGUACGAUUUUGAAUCCAGGAUAAAACUACAUGAGACUGUUUUGCUUCACCCAAAACAGAAACUGCGAACCAACUACCACACUAUACUCUUGAAACUUACUUUGAAAGACUAGAGGUAUUGCUGAAAUUUUUGUAUGUGGAAGCUUAUGUAUAAAUUUGUAAGUUCUUAAUUGUAUGAGAGUCGUAUAUCCUUAAUGGAGACAUAAGAUGUCUAUUUAUAGGAGAUAUUCACAAAACUUAGUCAUAAAGCAACUUUGACAUGUGUCAUUAAGUUUUCUUAAGCUUUUGACACUUCUAAAUCAUCAAGGUUAGACACCAAGUGAGUUUUAAUAUUUGACAUUUGUCACUAAAUUGCAUAACUUAGUCACUAAAUUUACUUAGCUUAAUUCAUUUGUCACAAAUUUACUUAGCUUAGUCAUCAAUUUUAGUAAAAAGCUUUCCAUCAUUUUAGUCAGUCCAUGGACUUGCAAAUAUGAUAGAUUUUGUUUAUAUAAAGUAUAACAUUUAUUUUACAUUGAUUAGAUUUUUAUUUAGUCUAAUAGGUUUGUAAAAUUCUAUUUACGCACACCGUUAAUUUUUACUCAACCCAAAAAGCUUGUAGAAAUAGUUCCAACAAUAUAUACCAACGUUUACGUGUUCACAAAACCGAAUCAUCUCAUGUUAAAUAGACAAGUAAGUACUAUUAUGACGUUCUUGUUAGUAUAAACUAAUGUUAAUCAUUUCAAUAAUACACUACAUAUGCUAAAAGAAACCAAAACGACUCGGUUGGCGACCACGUACUUGUGUUGUCGUAUAGGGGUUUCAAACUUCAAGUGGUCUUUUCUCGAAGUUGGAUGUAUUCGACAUGACUAUACAUCGUGUCAUCUAUUUUUUUUUGGAGCAAACAAAUCCUUUAAAAAAAUAUUAAACCAUUUCAGAUCUUUUAUUCUUGUUGGAUCCUGUUUAAAUUUGAAAUUGAACAAAUAUAAUUAUACUUUGAAAAAACUAGUUGAGUUUAGAAAAUAUCCAACCACUUCUAUAUUUUUCUUCUAAAAUAGAAAACCUCUAUUACAGAAGUGGAAUUUGGUUCAAAGUUUAUAAGUUAAUAUUUGAUAAAUUAAUAACCACGCUAAAUUAAAUUUUUUUGCUCUAAAUUGGAUUAGUUUAAAAUAUGACACAAAUUGAUAAAAUAAUAAGAUAAUAUUUUUUUUCAUAAAUCCUAUGUAAAUAUACAGUCCUACUGAAAUCAUAAAUUAAUAAUUUUUAUAUAAAGUUUAUAUAAGUAAAAACAAAAUAUUGUAAUAUUUUUUUUAUAUUCGUAAUGAAAUUCAUCUCUAUUUUCUGAACACUUCAGCAUAUUUUAAUAAUAUUUAGUAAAACUAUAUAUAAACCUACAUUUAAUUCUAUGAAACAUAUUUCGUAUACACCAAAUAGUAUAACCAAAAUGAUAUAAAAACAAAAUUCUAAAAUUUAAUUAAUAUAUAUACAACAAAAUUAACUAUUUUCUUAUUUUAUGAAAAAUAAUUCUAAAAAGAAAUAGUUUGUAAAUUAAUAAAAUACAUAAUCUCAACAUUAUUAUUUAUUUAUUUAUGCAACUGAAUCUCAAUUUUAUUAAUUUAUAGAGUUUUUACUCUUGAUUCAUUAUUGCACCUUUUGCUUUACCCCAGAGAGCACAAUGUAAAGUCAUUAUUACACAUAAUCCUCCGAUUAAGCUAGAAAGCAUCAAAAUAUAUACAAGAUGAUGUAUAUAGAUUGUAGUAAAAUCCCAUUUUGUAAAGCAAGUCACCGCCCAAAAAAACCUAAUGAUCUUUUUUUUGUUGAUGAAGUUUACCCGAAAUGUGAGACAAAAAGACCAGGAAAGAGUGCUAGAGAACUAGAACAAACAAACCAAUAUAAUACAUGUCCUGGUCAUUAAAAGCUCCUAGUAACGAUUUCCCAAUUGGUAGUUGAAUCAAUUCAAUUUGGUCGACAAGCUUAUUAUAUAUAACUCUAAAAUUGUGUUUCUCCUAAUUAAGUUAAAGCCAUAAAAUAUAUAUGGAAAGAUGUUAUUUUAAAUCGACUGUAUAUUGAGGAUUUUGAAUUUUAACCUGAUCUUAAAUACACAACAUGUGAUUACAUGUGUUACCAGCGACUUUACUAAUAGAUAGACUAAAUUAAUCGACUGUAUAUUGAGGAUUUUGAAUUUUAACCUGAUCUUUAAUAUACAACAUGUGAUUACAUGUGUUACCAGAGACUUUACUAAUAGACAGACUAAAUUAAGAUCCAACCUUUAAAAUGCAUGGGAAAAUCAUAUUAAAAUACACAAAAUGUGAAAAGGGGACUUGUCUGAAGCCUUGAUCACUAACAAAAGUUUGCACAUGGUAGCUAGCACUCAACUAGACCCAUAUGUGUAGUCAUAUAUAUGCAUCGUAUGAUUACUCCGUGAAAAUCUAUAUACAUACGGUCUGUUUCAUAAUAAUAUGAUAAUGUUAACUGUAAAACAUAUGGGUGAACCGUCGUCCGAUUACAUGCUUAUAUCAUCUCCCCUAAUAUGAUUUCAGGAUAUGGUUGAAUUUGUGUUACAAUAUACAUCAAUAAAUACAAUAUGUUCAAGGCGGGGUGUUAUUAUAACACAAUUUACUAAGUACAAAACGGGCAAACGACCCAAAGUCAACCUUCGGUUGGCUGCCAUUAAGAAGAGAAGAUUCGUAAAUGGAGACGCCCACUUCUCUAAUUUUUGUUUUGUAUUUUAAGGUUCUGCUCUAGAAACGUGUUUGUUUGUUCCGCUUCGUAGUAAAGCCCACCUUCUUUAAGGCUAGAGAGUCUUACUUACUCAGGGGGGUCAAGCUUUUUGACCUUUUCAAUCUUCACCGAUGAGAGUUUUUUACUUUUGUACUUCGAAGAGUACGGCAGAAGCGACUAAUUUAAUCUUUCCCUUGAUUUGAGGGGACGACCAUCUAUCCCAUACUAAAAGCACGAUAUGCAGUGUUUUUAACAUGUCCACGUCGACAGAUUUAAUUGCCCAAUCAAAACAGAUUUAAUGUCCACGUAGGGUACCGGAGGCGUACGUUUGGUUUACUGGGUUCGUCUUUAUCUCGAUUUGGUUAAUACAAGGUGGAUCUCAUAUGAUUUUGUAUGGGCUUCGUUAUGGUUUAUUGGGCUUGGUCUUUUAUCGGUAUAUUAAAAAAAAACAACAACACGAGACGGAAACCCCGAUGCUUUGCGCCUCCAUCUCUUCGUCUUCCCCCUUUGUUCUUCAUCGUAACAGAUCUCUCGAUCCACAUCUCUACAAUCAAUACCCCACGACUUCUCGAUCCAUCAAUUUCUUUUUGAUGAGUUCGUUUCCGUUUGCUCUUUUCCUCCUCCUUUAUAUACUGUUAUUCUCUUUCGAGUGGAAACCAAACCUCGAACUUCUCUCCUUAAUCUAUGGCGAUGAAACCGAAUGGAAAAUCCCCUGUUACCUCCGAUCACGACGAAAAAAUCAUGCUUUACCGCGAUGUCACACCGGGUCCCCACGAAACCCAGCUGCGUUUCCGCUUGAUUCAUUUCUGGGAGGCUUGAAACCCUCUAAAGAAGACGCUUAUUGGCCUUGAGAUGCUUCUAAUAGACGAGCAGAGAUCUGUUAUCCAAGGAUUCAUUCCGCCAAGCCAUAUUGAGAGACAUUUGCCUAAAAUGAAGCCUGGAUCGCUUUACAAGCUCAACAAUUUUUAUGGAUCAAGCAACAAAACCGUUUAUCGGGUUUCUGAUCAUGCUGUGACGGUGUCGUUCUCAUGGAACUCGGAGCUCUCUGUUCUUGAAGACAGCCCCACCCCUUUUGAUGAAGACAGAUUCCGUUUUCAUUCCUUUGAGGAUUUUCAAGCUAGCUGUGAUCGCAAAGGAGACCUCUACGAUGUUGUUGGGCACAUGAAGGUGGUUAAUGGACAGUGUCUCAUUGGGACACCAGUUCUUGAUGAAGUGGAGAUAGCUAGGGCGAGGCAUGUGUUGGUUCAUGUGCAGUCAUACGAUGGGCCUGUGAUGAAGCUCUACUUUUGGGACCAGGCUGCAAGAGACUUUUGCAAAAAAUUCAAAUCAUACGAAGGCACCCCCACCGUGUUAUUGGUCACGACCGUUAACACUAAGAGUCUCGGAGGUUCAAUUUCUAUCUUUAGAAAACUUUCUUAUAAUUAGAUAUCUACUCUUUUUGGUCUUUAAAUGGGUGUUGCUUAAUACAACAUGUACUCUUGCACUGAGUUCAAUGUCCUCCUCACGUGUCUUUAUGGACUACGAUGUCCAACCUACGAUCGACUACUUUAGCUGGUAAAUCUAUAUAUAUUUUCCCUUUUAUAUUUAAUCUUUCGCUGCCUCACCCCAUAUCAAUGAUUGAAUGGAUCAAAAUGCUACUACUCUCUCUCAGGUUGGGUUCUAAACCACAGAGUGCUGAGCUGGUUAAUGCAGAAGUGGUUACUAAAAGGGAGACACUGACUAUAGGAGAAAUAUUCUCCUACAUCAAGCAGGGAUCUAAUAAGGUACGACUUGGUCUAAUUAUUUCUUAGUCAUUUAUCAAAAACUUUGAGUCUUAUAUAGCUUUGCUGUCCAGGAGGCUUUUUUUAGUGCACGGCUACGAUUGAUGAUGUGGUCCAUGGUUCAACCUGGUAUUACAUAUCAUGCAGUGGUUGCCAUACUAAGGCUACGAAAGGCCCAACUUCUUUGAUGUGUUCAAAAUGUGGGAAAGUCAACAUAUCAGGAGUACCACAGUAUUUACUCUAUACUCACUUCUCAAUUCUCAGUAGCAAUUUGAAUGGUAUUAGCUUCUAAUUUCUUCAUGGCAGGUACCGUGCACAGAUAUCUGUCUAUGACAACAGUGAGCAAGCUGUUUUUGUACUGCUUGGUGAUGCUGGUUUUCAGUUAACUGGGAAGCAAGCAGCCGAGUUAGUCAGCAGCUAUUUUGAGGUAAGUUUCUUCAGUCGGAACUGUUAGUAUUGGUACUCUCAAUAUUGGUCUUCAAGUUGCAAUUGAAUAUUGGUAAUCUUGAAUGUCAGGCUAAUGGAGACCAAGGAGUUACCCAAGAGGUGCCUUUCCCGGAAGCUUUAAUCAGCACUAUUGGUCAGAAACAUAACUUUUGUGUGAAAGUUACAAAGCACAACUUAGAUGGGAAGUCUCGAUCUUUAACUGUGACCAAGAUUCUCCCUCUGGACACUCCACCAGUCACAGAAUCUUCGGGAGAAAACUACAAUCCGGAAACUUCGGAGGAGACAUUUGAGACUGGAACGAACGUGUGUGAAGCUUCCAAAAUCAGUGUGGAUUCGGCAGAGGGAAGUAAGAGAAAUGGUGACAUUGAUGAGAUGGGCAAAGCAAAACGCCUCAAGCGUGGGGUGUAGAUCAGGGGAUUACAGCUAAAGUUUUUUUUUUCCAGUCUAUUAUUGACUCAUGAUUUCUUUCAGUUUUUCUAAAGUUUUUCAUAUACUCUGAACGCUUAUGUUUUGAUAAUCAUUAUUCUACUUCUUAAGGCUUAUAACUCUGUUUUUUUAGGUGUUUUGAAAUCUAGCUUUGUGACAAACAGGUCAAUCAUUUCUGUAUUUUAAAAUCAUUCUUCACGAACUGUGGAUGUUCUUUGAAAAAUGUCAUUUAAGGAAAAAAAAAGAGGUUUUCAAGUACAUAUUUUAUUUUAGAAAAAAACGUGUUUUCAAUCAACAUAAUGUAACGACCCGGUUUUCUCUAAACCGGUAUUGGGAUUGGGUUGAUUAUUUAAUUAGACUAAACCAAAAUAAUUACAAAACCAAAGCAAUAUAUAUACUUGUAUGCAUCUCCUUCUUCAUGUUAACCUAGCCGUCAUCUUUACAAAUGAGAGACCACCAUCGUUGUACCAUCUCUUCCCGCACCACCUCUCUAUCUCUCAUCCUUCUCUCACUCCCGUAACCUUGAAAAGAGCCUCGUCGUUGCCGUCAUCAAUACUCACCACAAGAGACGCCACCACAACAACCGGAGCAAUCGUUCACAGUUCACUGGAUCCAUCACCAUUCUUUAUCACGUGUUGUUAAUGUGAACAUAUCCGAUAUGUGGAGAAGAGACGAACAAAACGGAGCCACCGUCCACCAUGGAUCACCACCACGAGUCUUACUCCACCAGAGAUGAGACGUUGUGUUUUCAGAGGCCAUCACCGCAAACCGUUUACGUUAUGUACCAAGUCCGAGAAGUGUGGAACGUGAGCAAAGCUGGACCACCGCGGCUCACCACCACCGGCUCCGAUCUAUACCGCGUUAGCCGUGAGCCAUUGGAGAAACAAGGCAUGUCAACCAACCACCAUCAUCAACCGUGAUCCAAGCCGUAUUAUCUAAGUGACUUCCUCCUUUGUUCCUUGUGAUACAAGAAACGUAUAUAGCACAAUCAUAAACGUGUCCUUGCAUGUGUUUAUGUGUAGUGAAUCUUAUGCCAACCUGCAGUUACUUGCCCAUCAUUUUAAAUAAGGCGUAAGAAGGUUUAUGGAACACGUUUCAUUCAACACCAUGAUUAGGAAGGAAUCUUUUAAAGUGAUGUUAGGCGAGAUCGUUCCCGAGCAUUUCAUGAGCUAUAUUCAAUAUUGGCUCAGGUGAGGGUCUUUUCCCGAGCUUCUCUUACACGGCUUAGGACCUCGAAUAAGUAUAAUUUAUUUCUAAUGUGUUCCGUCUGUGUGAAAUCGAGUCUGUCAUUGCUUUUUUAGUUUUUAGGUUCUUUGCUUAAACCAGAACUAGGGUUGUUAGAUGGUUCAACAGUGAUUGUUCAUUUAUAAUUGAUAAUAUAUAUGUAUAUAGUAUAUUGAGGUGAUUUGGAUGUUAGCCGACCAUGGAGACGUAAUUCUGUGUGUCGGCUGGAGACCAGUACAUUGGGUGUGGUGUAUGCUGCGGCACAGCGUAGUCGACCUGUUGUGCCAAGGCUUCAGAGAUCGAUAAAUUGUCUACGGACGUGUGUUACCGAGCACAUAUUCGGUGGUGUUUUUGGCCUGUUAGUGGGCAGCGAGUGUGCACCUCGCUAGGAUCAUUGUUUGAUCUCUGGGUACUUUAGGUACCGUGUUUGCAACGUGUUAGGAUUAAAUUAUAUUUAUUCGGAGUGUUCUGUCCGGGUCCAUGGACUUCGGGUUUAGUAUCCCAUACCUCAUUGAGUGACUUACCUGUUACUCACCCCUCUCUCUUCCCCAUUUCAGGUGAGACUGACGAGUAUAUGAUAUUUGGAUGGAUUGGUGCUACUGGGCUUUUUAUUCGGAUUUUUAUUUGGGCUUAGGGUGAGUGGAGUCGUGUAUAUGGGCUAUUGUGUUAUGAGAUAUUGUUGGUGGCACGCUGUUCUUCAGAUAGGAGGUAACGGGUUUCACACAUAAUUACUCCACUUUCGUUAAAAGUGUUCAACGGCAUAAAUUUAGUACCGUAAUAUGAAAAAAGAAUCAAUCAAGUAAUUGAUAUUUCUUUCCAAUAACGUAAGAGAAUAUUUGCAUAUCUUAUGCAUUAGCUGCAAUGCCUAAAGCAUUGUUUUUUAUUCCGUAACUCUCAGCAAAAUAAGAAAAUAGAAGUACGAAGCAUCCCCUUAAGCUGUUGCACGGAAAACCAAGCUUUCUAUUUCCAUUUUGAAAAAAAUACUGAAAUUACCAUUGGAAGUGUCUACCAAGCUUUAAUCAACGCUAGACUCCAACCAACUGUGAAAGG